UUCAAAUCGAAAAAACCUAAAUUAUCGGAGUAGGAACAAAAUGCCAAAUAUCGGGUUUUUAUCACCUUCUAUGUAGAAUAUGACUACUUGGAGUGCGACAAUUAAUUUCGGAACACCCUUGUUGGCCAUUUUAGAUGACGUUUCGCCAAUUCCAACAACGACUUUGUUUUUGUUUGUAUUUGAUUUUAAAUUAUGCUGAUCACAGAACCGGAGUCGCACCGUGAAUUUUAAUCUGAAGGACAAUUAGCUUGAAAUAAGGAUAGAUCACGUACAAUAAUAAACUUAAUUGAUUAAAGCGAUAUUAGUACUUUAUGUAGUCUUAACUUGAAAUCAUGUCGACCAGCCAGAAGCACCGUGAGUACGCUGGAGAACCAAUGCGUGAGAAGGAUGACGAUGAACUUGCGGGUAUUGGACCAGUACUGUCUUCCAGACUUAAGCAACAAGGAUUUACUAAAUUAACGCGAUAUAUUUUAUAUUAUGAUUCAAACAUUAAACACAUUACUUAUUAUUGGCGAUUGGUGUGUAAUAUUAUAUUAUUUUGGAAUCAAUUUUGUGUGCAGUGUUCUAAAAUCAUUCAUAGUCUGUCUACACAACAUAGUUUAGUUUUCAGCAUAAGAGAAAUAACUCUGAAGGCUUAUAAAGUUUUGGACCAAUUUCUGUUUCUCGGGAAGAAUCAAGAAAUGUUUUCUACUUGGUUGAAGGGCACUACUAAGUCAAAUGCUAAACAAGCGAAAGUGUUAUGUAUGCCUUGAAGCGUGGUGUGAGCAAUUUCUUUGAAAAUGCAGUGGCCAGUGGGUACAUAGUAAUUAUUAUGUUGUUAUUAUUGCUGUUCAAUUAUUAUAAAAAUUGUCUUAAAUAAUAAUGUUUACAAAAAUACUUAAAUUGCGGUUUGUAA